CAGAGGCACAGCGAAGAUGGCGUCGCAGGAGACCGAAGCUUCUCCGCAAACCAACGGCGAGUUGGGAUGAUGGGACAAUUCGGAGUACAAAGCAUUUCUCAUCCCUGGAUUGAGGUGGGCAGCAAUGGAGCUGCUGCAGCCGUGGAUGGCCAGGCUGUACAGACUGCUGCUGGGGACCCUGCACAGCAACAGCCGGCUCCACCACCCAACGCAUGGUCGGUCAUAAAAGGAGUCCUCUUCAGGAUCUUUGUCAUCUGGGCCAUCAGUAGCUGGUUCCGCAGGGGGUCCUCUACUCCAGACCCCAGUACCCCAGCAGGGGCGCCACAAUUACCCAGCCGAAACCUUUUCCCCAAGGAAAGCCUCAUGGACCUGUAUGUGUACAUCUCCCAGGACGAGGUGUUCUCUGACUUCAACGACACACAGUCCCUGUUCUGGUUUCAUAGAGACCUGGUCUACGGAGACUGGAACACUGGAGAAGAGGGGGACGGCUGCUAUGAGCACUCACUGGAUCUGGACAUCCCAGAGAAGGUGCAAAUGAAUGGUUCCCUCUACAUCCAUGUGUAUUUCACGAAGACUGGAUUCCACCCAGACCCCAAACGCAAGGGCCAGUAUCGUCGGCUAGCAACCGUCCAUGCCACGCGGAUGCUGAACAAGUUCAAACGCAGGAAGUUCGUGAAGACUAAGAACCUGCUGACGGGGGAGACCGAGACCGACCCGGAGAUGAUCAAGCGAGCGGAGAGCCAUGGCCCAGUGGAGAUCAUCUCCCACUGGCACCCCAACCUCACCAUCAACAUGGUGGACGACCAUACAGCCUGGGUCAAGGGCUCGGUCCCCCCUCCACUGGACCAACAUGUGAAGUUUGACGCGGUGAGCGGCGACUACUAUCCUAUCGUCUACUUCAACGACUACUGGAACCUGCAGAAAGAUUACUACCCCAUCAAUGAGACCCUGCCGUCGCUGCCUCUGCGCCUCUCCUACUGCCCGCUGUCCCUGUGGCGCUGGCAGCUCUACGCAGCCCAGAACGCCCGCUCACCGUGGAACUUCCUGCCAGAGGACACCUACGAGCAGUCUGACGAGGACCAGGACUCUGUCAAGGUGGCCCUGCUGGAAACCAACCCGUACCUCCUGGGCGUGACCAUCGUGGUCUCCAUCGUACACAGCAUCUUCGAGUUCCUGGCAUUUAAGAAUGACAUCCAGUUCUGGAACAGCAGGCAGUCUAUGGAGGGUCUCUCUGUGCGCUCCAUCAUCUUCGGGGUGUUCCAGUCCCUGGUGGUACUGCUCUACAUCCUGGACAAUGAGACCAACUUCGUGGUGCAGGUCAGCGUGUUCAUCGGCCUGCUCAUCGACUUCUGGAAGAUCACCAAGGUCAUGGACGUCAAGUUGGACAGAGAAAACAAAUUGUUCGGGAUCCUCCCACGCUUAUCAAUAAAAGACAAGUCAACGUACGUGAAGUCCUCCACCAAAGUCUUUGACGACAUGGCCUUCAGGUACCUGUCAUGGCUGCUGUACCCUCUGUUCGGGUGCUAUGCCGUCUACAGUGUGUUGUACCAGGAGCACAAAGGCUGGUACUCAUUCGUACUGGGCAUGCUCUAUGGCUUCUUGUUAACCUUUGGUUUCAUCACGAUGACGCCACAGCUGUUCAUCAACUAUAAGAUGAAGUCUGUGGCCCACCUCCCAUGGAGGAUGCUCACCUACAAGGCACUGAACACUUUCAUCGACGACCUGUUCGCCUUUGUCAUCAAGAUGCCCAUGAUGUACAGGAUAGGAUGUCUCAGAGACGACGUAGUAUUCUUUGUCUACCUGUACCAGCGCUGGAUCUACAGGGUGGAUCCCAACCGGAUGAACGAAUUUGGCACCAGCGGAGCGGAACCCACUGGAGUGGACCCUAACAAGGACAGCACAGCACAGGGGGAAGUCGCAGCCACAGGGGAGGUCGCCGCUACAGGGGAGGUCGCCGCCAUAACAGAAAAAGCAAAGGAAGAGAAGAAGAACGAUUAACCACGACCAACUUAUCCUCCUUUCUCGCCCUCGCUCCUGGGGAGAAGCAGACCUAUGGAAACCAGGCAGUGAAAUGUAAUUUGCCAGGGAAAAGGAGUCAUUGUAUUCUCUCAUGGACAAUGCUACAAAUUUCAGUUUAACUCUCCCUCUUCUUUGUGUGGGGGAUCUGCAGCGAAUCGUAAUUAAUGUAGACUUCCUAUUUUUAAUUUUUUUUGCAGUUCAAGUGGAGUGAAACAAAUGUGAUGUACUGUAUUCUUUAUCUUUUUCAUUGGGUAACAGUAAUGAUUUGGAGACCAGGUUGUGAAUGUGGGAGGCCCAGUUGAGGGUGGAUGGUCGCAGUACGUAUCUCUGUAUUUUCAUAUCUUUGCGCUGUCUGUGGAUUUCUUGUGAUUUUUAGCAAAUGUUUCAUUCCAUGUGUGAACACAAUGUGUCAGGGUGGGGUAACUGGAAAUUGGUGAGUAGUGCUGGAGGAAACUGAAAGGGUCCAGAGCCAAGUGUGACGUGAAGGGAACCAAGAUGCACGACCUGUCCAACACUACCCACGAAAGACAGACUACCAUCCAUUUUAAACAAAUGGUUGAUGUUCCAAAUGCGAACAAAAAAAAAAAAAAAACAGCCUUGUAGGUAUUAAUAUAAAUAUAUUAAUAUUAUUAAUGACUUGAUUUCUGUUUUUCAGUCACUUGAAUUUCUUUUGUAUGUUCUGAAACUACAGAAUCUCAGCUUGUAAUGUUAAUAAUACUGAUUUCAAAAUGUCUAGCAAUAGCUGAUUUACAAGG